AUGGCUGCGCAUAAUGGAACGACAUUGCCGCGGCCGGAACGGCCUUCCAUGAACAAGACCGGAGAGCCAGCUUCCUCUCUUGCCACCAGACUAACGCCUCACCUGACAGUUAGAGGAAACGGUGAAGAUACCCCUGGGCGCGAAACCUUUUCUCAAUUACGGCAGGAGAUUUUAAGCCAGGAUGGCCAACUCAAUCUCGAUGACAACAUUAGUGAUAUCCACACCCUAAUUUGCGUUGUAAUCAAAGCUGGUCUCGAACCUCUGUUAAACUAUCGUGCCGGAAUUUUGUCGGAGAAUGAUAAGAUCGGGCAGAUUUUGGAUUGUCUCGACAUUGUCCAAGUCGCGCUCCGGAAUGCCCCUCAGGUUUUAUAUGAGCCGUGCGAUGCUAUCCUUCUUAGCCAUGAAGCGAUUAAAGCUCCGAUAUUUACCUGGAUUAUUCCCAUCCACCUGGCUUUGCUUUGUACUUGGGAGGAGAGACCAGUCCGUGACAAAAUUUGUCGGGUCUUAUCAACAAUUUACAUGUCACAGUUUAAAACUCGUAGGUCUUGGAGCUCAUCUAGAUCCGUUACGUGGUUUCUCCAGGGCUGUCUGAUAGAGAUUAUUAAUGUUAAAGGAUAUCAGAAUGUUAACGGCUCAUUUUUGUAUUUUCCACAGUGGUCAGACUCUUUAGCUAGCUGUUUUGAGGCUCUUAACCUUCCUCGAUCCACGCUGGCUCGCCUGUCCAUAGGAAGCCCAUCAUCAGUGGUCAAAGCGUGUCUUCAUGUUCUGGAUUCUUUCGCGCACCUUCCCUCGAAUAGAAUUUUCACCCGUUCACCUUUUCUUCGAGAGAGUAUUCUCUGGAAUUUUCAAUGCUCCGAAAGAUUAUGGAAAGCUGUAUUCCAAUGGUUUGGGGGCGCUGAGACUCGCUUGGAAGAGGAGAAGACUAUCAAUCUUCUCACGGAGUUGAUCUCUGUGUUUCGAAAGGGCUUCUCCUGCUCACAAAUCUUAGGACUAGGGAUGGAUCAAAGAGCAAUGGAUGUGAUGGUACAGAGUGGUGUGGAUAUGCUAUCAUGCUCCAAAUUGCUACAGAGCUCUGAUUUACAGCAUGUCUUGAGUCAACUCAUGAGCGAGAUUAUGCGCGCAUCUCACAGCUGUUCAGCUGCUGACCAACUAGUCACGGAACACUUUACUCCUGCAUUGGACGAACUCAAGUCUGAUGCCCCUACCUUUAGAACACUUCACCAGUCUUUUCAGUAUGUUAUUGAUAGGAUACUUCAAGGCCAAUAUUUUUCUCCAGUUCCAUCUUCCAAGUUUCACAGGCGGACUUCCUCCCAGUCCCUCCUUCACGCCCAGGACACUACCCACAUCAAGAAGCCUGAGUAUGUAAACUGUCUUGACGUUGAAAGCUCUGAUAAAGAAAGACCUCGGAAACGCCCUCGCCUUUCAAAUACAGAUGACACCAUUGGCACUCUGGAUUACUCACAAAUGAUUAUCACCACACUUUGUAACAUUAUUGGUAUUCUACCAGUUGACGGACUUGAGAGCAUAGAGCCUUCUAUAGUGAAUGCCUCUGCUGGGCUAUCUCCUAGCGAUAAAUGCAACGUAUUAAGUCAUUUAGGUCGCCUUUCGUGUGCGUGGUCGGAUAAUUUGAGGUUUGGCCAAAAUGUGGAUAUUUCGGAGCCAAUCUACCAAUGUCUGGUUUGUGAUGAUAACAAGUGGGAUACACCAGGCCGUAUUUGCGCCGAAGAUUCGAGGUUCGAAUAUCUACGCGACACAUUAACAGCACUACUCCCCGCAUUACACGCGUCUCCGGAAUGUCGGAUCCUAGGAAUGGUUGCCAUUCGAAAUAUGCUCAUCCAUGACCCAAAUAGCAAGGAUAUGCAACUUGGAACCACACCGUGUGGCGAAUUCUGUCUACACUCUCUUCAUAGCUCGGUCCGAGAACUUCGCAUAAUAGCUGGACAAACUCUGGUUAUUUUCCUCAAGGGACCGCAAGACGAAGAUGUGCGGCGGAAAAAUUUUGUCGCUGCAUUGGAGUUUUUACAACUGCAGGAUGACAAUGAGCUAUAUGUACAGGAAACAUUCAUAAUGGUAUUAAGAAACAUCGCCGAGAUAUCCGGAGACGAAGAGAUGAACAUUGUUCUUUUUCGACUCCUAGAAUACAUUCGCCACGUCAACCCUUUUAUCAGUGGAGUUGCAUACACUGAGGCAUGUUUGCCAUUUCUUUUUAGCUUCAUAGCUGACAUCUUAAAGCUCUCCAAAUUAGCUCUACAUCUAGGAUAUACCCCUGCAGCAUUGUUCCGGCCCUUUUGGAGAACGCUGUCGGUUUUAGUAGUAAAAAACCUGCAUAACAAGCCCCAUAUGGCAGAUCUCAUAAGCGAUUUGAUCGGAAUGUCAGUUGAUAGCUUCUUGCGGUUAACUGAAGUUCAUAUCCUGCCAUACCUUGUCAUGACGCGGAAAAAAGACGUCAUUGCUAGAAUUGCCAGGACCCACGAUAAGAUGUCAAUCUUUGAUGUCUGCUCCUCCAACACCAAUAUAGCGUCGAUCCUGUCUGUCUUACUAACUCAGAAAACUUCUAACCCGGAAGUGACAAUUCCAUCUACAUUAUGCGAUAUAUCUCAACAGUUCAAAGGCCAUGAUCUUGCAGCUCUGAUUAGAAUGGAGCCGAUUCUAAUAUCUUGUGAACUACUCAAAGGACUUGGUGAUUUAACAGCGGAAAAAGAAUCUAGGCAUUUACAAGCUUUAGAACUGGUCGCGUCUCUAACACCUCGACGGGCAGGCUUAGGAAGCUCUUCUAGAACAGUUGAUCCGCUUGUCGCUUUCUUGGAGGAGCAUGUUCUAGGGAUAAUAACCGAAUUUGCCAAUGUAAUCAACGAUUUCCAAAUACGACAGUCAAUAGUAGAAAAGAAGAGGAACGUUGUUGCUAUCGGUCAGAUGAUAAGUAUAGCAAGGGGAAACAUUAGUGUUGCUUUACCCCAGAUUUGUGCCUGUCUUCGGUCAGCCCUUGAUAUGAAAGAUUUACGUGAUCAUGCUUUUGCCUCCUGGUGCACCAUGAUGCUCCUGCUUGAUGAAGCAGACAUAGAGCCGUUAAUUGACCAAACCUUUGCCAUAAUACUUAAAAACUGGAGCAUAUUCAGGUCCGAGACCCGAUAUCAAGCGAUGGACCUUGUUGAGCGCAUUUUACAAGAUCAUCAGGAACUAGUGACAGAUACUUUCUUGAAAAUGCCGUCUCUAGAAACUAUCCCUGAGAUGGACAGAUUUUCUCGUCGAAUUUUAGAAUUAAAAAAGAGUGUUGACAUUCGUAGCCAACUCGAAGCCUUCUCCCUCAGGUGUCAGAAUGAGAACCAAGUUGUCGUUGAGCAAGCACUCAGAGAGCUGGUUCCGCAACUCCGAACAAACCAAGAGUACAUUCAUCGAUCUGCUAUCAACGAGCAACCAAAUCAAAACAUCGCUGGUCAACUUACACGUUCGUUGUUUGACUGCUGCGCAAAAUUCAACCCAAGCUCAGAAGCUAUCAUGCUACUAGCUGCUGAAUGCCUUGGCAUCAUCGGGUGUCUUGACCCGAGUCGCAUCGAAUUAACGAAAGAAAAAAAAGAUAUCCUGGUAUUGUCUAACUUCGAGAGAGCAGACGAGACAACCGAUUUUAUUCUCUUUUUUUUGCAACAUAUCGUCGUUGAAGCAUUUCUUUCUGCGUCUAAUACGAGAUCUCAGGGGUUCCUAGCCUACGCCAUGCAGUCCCUUCUACAAUAUUGCAAUCUUGGCGCUGUUGUACCCCCUCGUACCCAAGACUUUGAGCUAGGAGACGUGUAUAGGCGCUGGUUAUCGCUUCCAGAGUAUGUACGGAAUACACUCACGCCUUUUCUCAGCUCCAAGUACACUGUGAUAGUUGGAGCCAUCAGCACAUCAUGCUGCUAUCCCCUCUUUUCUUCAGAAAUGAGCCAUCCAGAAUGGCUACGCACAUUUGUUCUUGAUUUACUACAAAAAGGCAAUGAAGCAAACGGCAAAAUGGUCUUCAGUAUAAGCAGCCGGAUUAUUCGAAGCCAAGAUAUUUCAAUUGCUGCCUUUCUUCUGCCAUUUGCGGUGCUUAACGCUACAAUCAGUGAUGAUAACGAAGCUCGGCAAGUUGCCGAUGAACUUGCCAAUGUUCUACUAUACCCUCUUCCAGAGGACAAUCAUUUGGUUCAAGAGAAUGUCAUAUUAUGCAGCGAGAGUGUAUUCACUGCCUUGGAUUACUUAUCUCGUUGGCUUCAGGCUAAAAAAAGGGAAUAUACUUUUUUUGCAACCGGCAAUCGCCGCUACAAAGAGAGUGCUGACAAAUGCUCUGUUCAAAUCAAACGGGUUGAAAAGCUUCUGUCUUCGAUUCCCGCUGAAGUCAUCUCCGGGCGUGCCGUCGAAUGCAAAUCCUACGCGCGUGCGCUAUUUCAUUGGGAACAGUAUAUUAGGCAACAAAGGACUAAACCGGAAACCGAUGCUACUCAGCUAGACUCUCUCUUUCAGAAGCUCCAAGAUAUCUACACCCAAAUAGAUGAGCCGGAUGGAAUUGAGGGCAUUUCAUCUCAUUUGCAUGUCCUGAAUAUAGACCAACAAGUACUUGAGCAUCGCAAAGCAGGGAGAUGGGUAGCGGCUCAAAGUUGGUAUGAACUGCAAUUAAAUAAAUCGCCAGAAGAUACUGAGGUCCAACUCAAUUUAUUGACAUGCUUAAAGGAGUCUGGCCAGCAUGAUGCUCUUCUCAACCAAUUCGGUGCCCUAAAAAUUACCGAAGCGGCGCUUCCCAAGAUGCUCUCAUUUGCAGUAGAAGCCUCAUGGGUGACUAGUAAAUGGGAUAGACUAGAAAGAUACCUUUCCCAGCGUUCUGACAAUGGGGCUGGCGAUUUUACCAUUGGCCUUGGAUUGGUAUUGACUUCAAUUCGCUCGAAAAAUACCAAUGUAUUCAAAGCAAAAAUCAAUGAGUUGCGCAUCGGCAUCACAAAAAGCUUAACGUCAAAUUCGGUAUCCUCUUUUCAAGCCAGUCAUGACAACAGCGUCAAACUUCACAUCCUUGAGGAGGUGGAAAUGCUUGCGAGCUUAUCUACCAUUUCCCAGCAAGCUCAACAAGGACUGCGUGAAACGUUAGAUCGCAGAUUGGCGCUCCUCGGGGGCUGCAUUUCUGAUAAGCAAUAUAUCCUUGGCUUGAGGCGAGCCAUAAUGGAAUUAUCGCCAUCCUUCGAUGAAUCCGAUGCCGCUUCCGUUUGGCUGACCAUUUCUAAGCUUGCACGAAAAGCAAAUUCAACAGAGCAGGCAUUCAAUGCAGUUAUGCAUGCUGCGCAAUUGAAAGACAAAUCUGCAACUAUAGAAUAUGCAAGGCUACUAUGGAAAGAGGGGCAUCAUCGAAAGGCAAUCCGGACUUUAGAGGGCUCGAUAUCUGCUAAUGCAUUUAUAUCUUUUGAUAAAACCCCUGCGGAUGCUCUUCCAUCUGAACUCUCCAUCGGCGACGAUCAACAUAAGCAGAACAUGUUAACCGCCCAGGCGCAUCUACUUCUUGCUCGAUGGAUGGACAGUGCUGGCCAGACUCAGUCCGACGUAAUCAUACAAAAAUAUCGACAAGCAAUCAAAUUCCAUACAAGAUGGGAGAAAGCACAUUACUAUUUGGGUAAACACUACGCGAAAAUUUUGGAUUCUGAGAAAGUGAAGCCUGUUGGGAAAGAGGCUCAAAUAUACUUGAGUGGUGAAGCGUCGAAGUUGGUAAUUGAUAAUUAUCUUCGUUCACUCGCUCAUGGGAACAAAUACGUUUUUCAGACUCUACCGAAGGUAUUGACGUUGUGGCUUGACCACGCAUCUGGAGUCGACCAGCCCUUUGAUCCGAAACGGGGAGAUAAUAGGGAAUUUCAAAAACACAACAUGACACAACGUAAAAAAAGUCUAGAUGAUAUGCAUACCCAGCUUCGAAAAUACAUCAGCAGAAUCCCUGCAGCUUUGGUUGUUGCACGCAUAUGUCAUUCAAAUAACACCGUAUACAACAUCCUAACGCAAAUUGUGGUGAAGACCAUUCUCGCAUUUCCCCAGCAAGGUCUAUGGACACUUUUGGCAGUCUUGAAAUCGUCAACUAAAGAUCGUGCAUCUCGCGGUUUAACGUGUAUUCAAAAGAUCACCGAAGCAAGCAAAAAACAGAAAUUAGACGGUACCGCAACAGAGAUACGGACGAUUGUUAACCAGGGCCAAAAGUUCUCAGAUGAGCUCUUAAAAUUAUGCGUUGCACCAGUUGAAGAUAGAGUGACAAAAGUCAGCUUAGCUCGCAAUCUAGGCUUCAAUCACAAAGUCGCCCCUUGUCGACUAGUUAUUCCCCUAGAGACAACGCUGGCCCCUGUUCUACCUCAGAGCCAUGAAUCAAACUUUUUAAAGACGUUCAGGGCAUUUCCUAAUGACCCGAUUACCAUAGAAACUGUACUUGACGCAGGUUUAGUCCUGCUGUCCCUACAAAAACCGCGGAAAAUAAGUAUUCGGGGCUCAGAUGGACAGGUCUAUGGCCUCCUUUGCAAGCCAAAUGAUGAUCUUCGCAAGGAUCAACGGUUGAUGGAGUAUAAUAGUAUGAUCAAUCGAUUCUUAAAAAGGGAUUUAGAGUCAAACAAGCGCCGUUUAUACAUUAAGACGUACGCUGUCACACCAUUAAAUGAGCAGUGUGGUCUUAUUGAAUGGGUUGAUGGUCUACGUCCUUUGAGGGAAAUUGUCGCUAAACUGCUGAAGGCACGAGGUAUCGUUGUCAACUAUGGUGAAAUAAAACACUACCUGAACGAAGCGUGCUCGGCCGAUUCAAAGCUACCUAUGUUUUCAAAAUUGUUGGCUAAGUAUCCGGCUGUUUUGCAUGAAUGGUUCGUUGAAAUGUUUCCUGAACCGCCAGCGUGGUUUGGAGCGAGAUUGGGGUACACUAGAUCCUGUGCUGUCAUGUCUAUGGUUGGCUCUUCGCUGGGACUCGGGGAUAGACACGGAGAGAAUAUCUUGUUUGAAGAAGGAACAGGAGGUAUCCUCCAUGUCGACUUCAACUGCCUUUUCGACAAGGGUCUUACUCUUGAUAAACCGGAGCUAGUACCUUUCCGUCUUACACAUAAUAUGAUCGAUGCAUUUGGUGCGUAUGGGUAUAAUGGGCCUUUUCGAAAAACAUGCGAACUUACCCAAGGCUUGUUACGCCAGAACGAAGACUCGCUCAUGACUAUUCUCGAAACCUUUCUUCAUGAUCCGACUACUGAUUUUAUUGAUAAGAAGAAGCGAACCCACCCGAAUGUGCCUGAUACCCCAGAGGCAGUCUUAGAGUUCGUUCGCAACAGACUUCGUGGCCUUUUGCCUGGAGAGUCUGUACCAUUGUCUGUUGGCGGACAAGUUGAUGAGCUGAUUAUGCAAGCGACUAAUAUUAAGAAUUUGGCAGCGAUGUAUAUCGGCUGGUGUGCUUUCUUUUGA